AUGAGUCGAAACAACCAAAGUGUCAUCUCCCAGUUCCUCCUCCUGGGCCUGCCCAUCCCCCCAGAGCACCAGCACCUGUUCUAUGUCCUGUUUCUGGCCAUGUACCUCACCACUGUCCUGGGGAACCUCAUCAUCAUCAUCCUCAUUCUACUGGAUUCCCAUCUGCACACACCCAUGUACUUGUUUCUCAGCAACUUGUCCUUCUCUGACCUCUGCUUCUCCUCUGUCACAAUGCCCAAAUUGCUGCAGAACAUGCAGAGCCAGGAUCUAACCAUCCCCUAUGUGGAUUGCCUGACACAAAUGUACUUCUUAAUGGCUUUUGGAGAUAUGGAGAGCUUGCUUCUAGUGGCCAUGGCCUAUGACCGCUAUGUGGCCAUCUGCUUCCCUCUCCAUUACACCAGCAUCAUGAACCCCAAGUUCUGUGCUAGUUUAUUGAUGCCAUUGUGGAUGCUGACCAUAUUUGAUUCCAUGAUGCACACCCUACUUGUGGCUAGAUUGUCUUUUUGUGAGAACAAUGUGAUCCCCCACUUCUUCUGUGACAUAUCUGCCCUGCUGAAGCUGGCCUGCUCAGAUACUUCUGUUAAUGAGCUGAUGAUAUUUAUCACAGGAGGGCCCAUCAUUAUUGUACCAUUCCUACUCAUUGUUAUGUCUUAUGCAAGGAUUGUCUCCUCCAUUCUCAAAGUUUCUUCUGCCAAGGGCAUCUACAAGGUCUUUUCCACUUGUGGUUCCCACCUGUCUGUAGUGUCUCUGUUUUAUGGUACAAUUUUUGGUCUCUAUUUCUGUCCAUCAGCUAAUAACUCAACUGUGAAAGAGACUACCAUGGCUAUGAUGUUCACAGUGGUAACUCCUAUGCUUAACCCUUUUAUUUACAGCCUGAAAAACAGAGACAUAAAGCAGGCUCUAAUAAGAGUUAUCUGCAAUAGGAAAAUCUCUUUGUAA